AUGAGCACCACCCUCUUCAGAGACCACGGCUGGCCUGAGCCGCGAGCGCACUCGGUCUGCGCAGGCGCAGCUCGCUCUUCCAAGUACGCUUGCGCACAAGCUGCGCGGGAAAACUUGCGGCGUCGCGGUGCGCCAGCGAGGGACGAAGAAGCGGUGCUGCUGCUCGAGAGGACCCAUUACCGACAUGACCCGUGCUGGCUGCUGCCCGUGACCCCACACCUGUGCCUGGCCUGCGCGGUGGAGCUGCUGCCCGAGCCCGGCGUGUCGCUGGUACGCAAAAAGUAUGUGUUGUCCUGCUUCCGAGAUGCCCUUGUGAGGCACACCUCCUUGGUCACACAGCUGGUGGCCCAGGACCAGAAAGUCUGCAUCCACUUCAUAAGCAUGCUUUUUGGACUGUUAUGCAAUAUGGAAGAUGGAAGUGUAACAGACCUCUGUAUUGAAGUCCUUAUCCAGCUUAUGACUCAGCUGAAGCUAGAACAGACUAUCCAUUGCCUGCUGGACAAGUGCCACAAACAGCUGUGUAACAUGCCCUCCAUGCGAAACAGCCUAGCCACCAUAACUCUUCUUGGCAAGUUGGUGGAUGCCAUCCCCACUCUGGCAGAUGAGCUUGUAAUGGAGCACGGAAACCUGAUGGAGCAUCUUUUGAGAGGCUUGGUAUACCCUAAUGAAUCGGUGCAAGCUUCCAUCUGUUACCUCUAUGGGAAGCUCUACUCUUCACCAAUGGCAGCCAAGAUGCUUUCAGGCCAUUUCCGAGAGAAGCUGUGUCCCGUUUUCCUUUCUACCAUGGAUAGUGCCCAGACCAAGGAGCUGCAGAUCAACUGCUUGGGUUUGCUAAGGCAACUGCUGAAGUAUGAUCUCUUUGUAUCCAUGGUCAUGGACAAGUCUGUGCUUGCAGAACACGCUGAAAAUGCCAAGGGGACACCCGGAGAGACCUCCCUACCUUUGGUGCUCAAAAAGCUUCUUCUCUCCAGAGAUGAGACCUUGCAGGUGGCCAGUUCCCACUGCAUAACUGCAGUGUUGGUCCACUCCCCAGUGAAGCAUGCUUCAGCCUUCAUCCAUGCUGACAUUCCAGAGUUCCUCUUUGAGAAUCUUUCUUCUUCCAGCGAAGUGCUCAUCUGGUCCAGCUACAACUGCUUGAUACUCUUGGCAGAAGAGCCACUCUUCUUUUCCAAGUGCCACACAGUAUAUGGGAUCGAGGCGGUGGUCAGGAGCCUACAGGGAAGCCUGAAGAUGACCAACACAGAGCUGCACAAGCAGGGCCUGCUGUUGUUUGCUGAGAUCCUGACUCGGCAGCCAGAAGAAAUCAGGCUGUUUACAAGCUCAGCCAUGUGUGGAGAUGCUGGCCGUGCCCUCCAAGAGGCAGUGAGCAGCCCUGUGCUGGAGGUAGCUACUGAGGCAGUGAAGGCCAUUUCUGCUUUCCUGAGGAAGGACCAUCAGAGCAUGCCACCUGUGCAGUACAGGGCACUGCGGGACUUGCUUGAAGCCAUGUUGAACCGGUGUGCACAAUUUUCCCAGAUCCCACUGAACAGGAGGUCCUUGGGUUAUGUCUGCAGCAGAAAUUCAGAGAAGGCCAUUCUUCAAAGGGGAAAGUUCCUCCUGAGCACUCUGGAGGGAUUUAGAAAUGCUUGCAGGUUGGCUGUGGAAUUCCAGGGUGAGCCUUUGGCCCAGGAGAAUCCCUUCACAGCUCCCAGUGCUGAGAAAGAAGAUACCUUGGAGGCCUUUUCAGAAUUUCUUCUCAAUGCCUGUGACUCCCUGUGUAUUCCUAUGGUGAUGAGGCACUCAGAGGAGACCACCCACCCAGCUUUGAUGGAAAUUUUCCUCUCGAUUCUACACAGCCUCUUUGUCAUCGUUCCCCACAUGAAGGAGAAGUUCUCCAAGAAGCUCGCUGCCUCAUCUUUCAUACAACUGACCCUGGAGCUGAAGGCCAGGUUCUGCAGUAGCCCAAGUCACUCAGCCCUAAACCAGGUGUGUUCCAGUUUCCUUUAUUACAUGUGCCUCAACCUCCUCUCAGCUCCAGAGACAACAGGACCACCUUCCCAAGAAGAACUCUCUGCAGUGUCUGAGCUCCUGCAGCAUGGAUUGCCCCCGAUAAACAGCAGGAUCCCUGAAAGCCUUGUCUUCCUAUCUGACCGCCAAUAUGUGGAGGGAGCUGCUCGCCAAAGACAGUACUGCAUCCUGAUCCUCUACUACCUGGCUUAUAUCCAUGAGGACAGGUUUGUUCCAGAGGCAGAGUUAUUUGUGGCUGUGCAAAGCUUCCUCCUGUCUCUGCAGGACCAGGGUGAGCUCCCUCCACCAGUGGUCUGCAGAGCCUCCAUCUAUCUGCUUGCAAUCUGCCAGGGCAAGGACAGUGCACUGCAUGAGACUGUGGUCAGUGCAAUCAGAAAAUUCCUAGAGGGCAUUUCAGACCUGCACUUGGUUUACACCCAUCACCCUCUCCUGCUCAAGUUCUUCCUGGUGUAUCCAGAACUGAUGAGUAGGUUUGGGCACCGUGUCCUGGAACUUUGGUUCUCCUGGGAAGAGAGCAGCUAUGAGGAACUGGAUGAUGUCCCUUCUGCUGGGCAGCCCACCCUUCCUGCCAGCUUAGCAGCCAUGUUCCAGAUGCUCAGGAGCAGCCCCAGCAUUCUGCUCAUUUUGCUGGACCUUGUCUAUUCCAGCCCAGUAGACAUUGCCUACAAGGUACUGAUUGUCCUGAGGAACUUCUUGAGGAAGAAUGAAGAUAUCCAAGUGGGCAGUCUCGUCCGAGGCCACUUCCUGCUCAUCCUACAGCAACUGCUGGUGGAGCACGGGGCCUCCCCUUCUGAAGGGAACCUGCCACUACUGCUGAGCCUCCUGUCCUUGGUACAGCUGAGGAACAAGUCAGAACAAGAACUGGACAGCAUGGCUAUGAAACUCCUUCACCAAGUGAGCAAACUGUGUGGGAGGUGCGGCCCUACUGAUGUGGACAUCCUGCAGCCCUCCUUCAACUUCCUGUACUGGAGCCUUCAUCAGACCACACCCAGCAGUCAGAAGAGAGCAGCUGCUGUGCUCCUGAGCAACACUGCCCUAAUAGAGCUUCUGGAGAAAAUGCUGGUGCUCACAUGGACAGAGGUGGGCUGUCCUGGGACCGCACUGCUCUGUUCUGCCUGGCUGCUCACUGCCUCCUUCUCUGCCCAGCAGCAUGAUGGCAGUUUGCAGGUUCAUCAAACAUUGUCCGUGGAACUGGACCAAGUAUUGAAGGCUCUCAGCUUUCCUAAAAAAAAGUCUUCACUGCUGUCAGCUGCCAUCUUAUGCUUCCUGCGGACAACCCUGCAACAAAGCUUUUCCUCUACCCUCGUGGCCCUGGUGCCCUCAAGAUUUGGGCCAAUACCACCCCCUGAGGACACUGUCCUAGCUCCACUGGGAACAUCGCAAGUACUGUCCCUGGUCAUUGGGCUGCAGAAUCUCCUGGUGCAGAAGGACACUCUAUUGUCCCAGGCCUGUGUUGGCUGCCUGGAGGCCUUGCUUGAUUACCUAUAUGCACGGAGUCCAGACAUCGCACUCCAUGUGGCCUCCCAGCCCUGGAAUCGGUUUUUGCUGUUCACGCUCUUGGAUGCUGGAGAGAAUUCCUUCCUCAGACCUGAGAUAUUGAGGCUUAUGACCUUGUUUGUGCGGUACCAGAGCACCAAUGUUCUCUCCCAAGAAGAGGUGGAUCAUAUUCUUCAAGGUGCAGUUUUGGCUGACCUGUCUACCCUCUCAAAUACCACACUCCGGGCUCUGCGUGGCUUCUUCCUGCAGGUCCAGAGCAUAGGUCUCCUGACAGACCACAACACGGCCCAGACUCUGCAGGCCUCCCUGCAGAGCCUUUCUCCCAGUGCCUUCUCUGCCCACCUACCCGUUCAGGACAUGCUCUGCCUAGGAGGCGUGGCUGUAUCCCUGUCGCACAUCACAGAUUGA